UUGACCUUUCAAAGACUGCUGGGGGAAGACGCUCAAGAGUCUCUUCCGGGAUUUUCCAAGCACCUCGCCUUAAUGAAACCGAGGUGCAAUUCUCGAUGGCUUGCAAGUUUCCAGCAGGGAGGAUAAAUCUGACCACUUAAGUCCAACUCUCUGACCCUUUGGGUAAUGUCCAGGAGUCAGGAAACGCAUCGCCGUGGUCCCCAGCCUAGACGACUCUCCCCACAAAGAGCUCGGCACCAGCGGUUCCAGUGACCACGAGGAGAUCGCGGAGCCCGCCGGACCGUGCACCGUGUGGGGAUCGGAAGACUCGCCCGUCCUUCCCUCCCGGCCCCAGGCGGCACAGCCACUGCGCGUGCGCGCUGGGCGGACGGUUUCGGAGACGGAGCUCCCCGCAGCCUUCCGUCUCCCGCGAUAGCAUGAAGACCGCCGAGGACGCCAGCGGAGCGCGCAGCGAGGGGCCGCGGGAGGUAGGCCUCUGCCUUCUCUGCGGCCUGCCGGCAGCAGGAAAAUCGACCUUCGCGCGGGCCCUCAGCCACCGGCUGCGGCAGGAGCGGGGCUGGGCCGUCGGCGUGGUCACCUAUGAUGACGUCAUUCCGGACGCGUUCCUGGAGCAGGCGAGCGCGCGGCCAUUGCCAUCGCAAUGGAAAUUGCUUCGACAGGAACUGUUGAGGUAUCUAGAAUACUUCUUGAUGGCUGUCAUGAACACGUGUCAGAUGUCUGCCCCACCCAACAGGACCGCAGCCAUGUGGGAGGAUUUUAUAACCUGCUUAAAGGAUCAAGAUCUGUUAUCUUCUGCUGUGCUGGAAACCCAGUCUUGCUACCUCUUAACGAAGACUGCUGUUUCUAGACCUUUGUUUUUGAUUUUAGAUGACAACUUUUAUUAUCAAAGUAUGAGAUACGAAGUCUACCAACUGGCUCGGAAAUAUUCAUUAGGCUUCUGCCAGCUCUUUUUAGACUGUUCUCUCGAGACCUGUUUGCAGAGGAAUGAUCAGAGACCCCAGGCUCUGCCUGCUGAGACCAUCCACCUAAUGGCAAGAAAGAUAGAAAAGCCCAACCCUGGGAAAAAUGCUUGGGAACACAACAGCCUCACAAUUGAGAGUACGCCGUGUUCUUCUGAGGCCAGCCUGAAGUUGACUGAUUUAUUGCUUACUGCUUUGGAGAAUCCAGUAAAAUAUAUUGAGGACAAUGUGGAUCAAAAGGAAACAGACAGAAUCAUUUGUUCAACUAAUGUUCUGCAUCAAGCCGACCAGACGCUCCGAAGGAUUGUCUCUCAGACCAUGAAAGAGGCAAAAGAUGAACAAGUGCUUCCUUUCAACUUGAAGCUCCUAGCAGAGGAACUCAACAGGCUCAAAGCAGAGUUUUUGGAGGACCUAAGACAUGGAAACAAAAAAUACCUGUGUUCUCAGCAAACCAUCCACAUACCAGAUGUUAUUUCUUUUUUUCAUUAUGAGAAAGACAACAUUGUCCAGAAAUAUUUUUCAAAGCCGCAUUAAAACUUCUGAACUUCGGGGCGCCUGGGUGGCUCAGUGGGUUAAAGCCUCUGCCUU